GCAGCUUUAACAGUAGAGCUCAGAGAUCGGUGGAGGAAGAACAAGCACAUAUAGCCUAACACCUGCCAGACUAUUUUACUAUUUUAAGUUCUAAUAUUUCCUGGAUUUGUCUAUGCCUGGAUUUGUCAUUCCGGAGUUUUCAGAGGACGAUGACUUAAAUGAAAACGUGAGAGAUUUCUAAAGCAUCACGUAAUUUCCAUUGCAUGUAAUUUGAGGAAAAGUACUCUCUUUGCAUGACGCAAACUUUUUGACAACUUGCGAAACCUUAACCAAGCAGUGGGUCUACGUGAAGCAGUAUUACACGUUUACAUUGCCUACAGUGAUACACAUUUUCUACUAUUAGUUUGGAGGCAGAUUUCAAACGUUAUCAUUUUCGGAAAGGCUAAACAACGCCACGGAAUGUGACAUCUACUGUCUAUCGACGACGCCUACUGAGCAUACCUGCAUUGCAAGACUCCAAAGGUUAACGCUGCUGUCAUUGCUAUGGAGACCACCCAAGCCCUCCUCUUCUUUCUCCUGAGUUUAUGUGUCUACAGUUGCCAUGCCGACGCUCGGACUGCUCCCAGAGUGCAUUUGUCUUACAAAGAGCUGAUGGAGACGCGGACAGCACGGCCCUUCUCCUUCUCCUUCAACACCAGUGACUACCGCAUCCUGCACAUGGACCAGGACCAGGGCCGUCUCUACCUGGGCAGCCGGGAGUACCUGGUGGCCCUGGACAUGCACAACAUCAACAAGGAGCCCCUCAUAAUUCACUGGCCGGCCACUACCCAGAGGAAAGGAGAGUGUAGAAUGACUGGAAAGGGUGGGCAGGGGGAGUGUGCAAACUUUGUGCGUCUGAUCGAACCCUGGAAUCGCACACACCUGUACACCUGUGGCACAGGGGCCUAUAAGCCUAUCUGCACCUUCAUCAACAGAGGAUGGAGAGCAGAGGUACGGACACACACACACACACACACACACACACACACACACACAUACCUACCUCCAUGUAUUGUCCUCUCUGUGCAGGAGUACCUGUUCAGGCUGGUCCCUGGCAACGGGGACUCAGGGAAAGGGAAAUGCUCCUAUGACCCUCGACAGGAGAACGCUGCAGCCCUUAUCAAUGGGAAUCUGUAUGCAGGGGUCCACGUUGACUUCAUGGGCACGGACCUGGCCAUCUUUAGAACACUGGGGGACAGACCUGCUGUCAGGACGGAGCAAUAUGACUCCCGCUGGUUGAAUGAGCCAGUGUUUGUUAAAAUCCAGCAGAUUCCUGACAGCUCCGAGAGUAAUGAUGACAAGCUCUACUUCUUCUUCCGGGAGAAGAGCCUGGACGGUGCCGGGGGGGCCAGCCCCAGUGUCCUGGCCAGGGUGGGCCGAGUAUGCCUGAAUGAUGAUGGGGGUCAGAGGUCACUGGUCAACAAGUGGACGACCUUCCUGAAAGCUCGGCUGGUGUGCUCAGUGAUAGGGAGUGAUGGUGUAGAGACCUAUUUCGACGAGCUGAAGGAUGUCUUCAUUCAGCCAACACAAGACGAGCGCAAUCCUGUCGUGUACGCCGUCUUUUCCACUGCGGGUUCUGUGUUUAAGGGCUCAGCCGUGUGUGUGUACUCUAUGUCCGACAUCCGCAAUGUCUUCAAUGGCCCUUUCUCACACAAGCACGGACACAAUUACCAGUGGACCCCCUACACUGGAAAGAUCCCCUACCCUCGCCCUGGAACGUGUCCAGGAGGAACGUUCACCCCGGGCCUCCGCUCCACCAAGGAGUUUUCAGAUGAGGCGGUGAACUUUGUGAGGGCGCACCCCCUCAUGUACCACUCUGUCUACCCCAUACACAAGCGGCCCCUGGUGGUCCGAACGGGGGUGGACUACCGCUUCACCUCCAUCGUGGUGGACCUGGUGGAUGCUGUGGACGGGAGGUAUGAGGUGCUCUUCCUGGGCACUGAUUGUGGAACAGUCCAAAAGGUGAUAGUACUUCCUAAAGACACUAGCACAACAGAAGAGCUCACGUUAGAGGAAGUGGAGGUGUUCAGGACUCCAGCUCCUAUUAAGACUAUGAAGAUUUCAUCAAAAAGGCAACAGCUGUAUGUGUCGUCAGAGAUGGGGCUUACCCAGGUGUCCCUGCACAGGUGUGGCGUCUAUGGGAAGGCCUGUUCAGACUGCUGCCUGGCCAGAGACCCUUACUGUGCCUGGGACGGGGAGACCUGCUCCGCCUUCAGCCCCUCCACCAAGAGGCGGAGCAGAAGACAGGAUAUUAAGCAUGGAGACCCCUUGCGGCAGUGCAGAGGGUUCAAUGCAAAAGUUGAGAAGCGUCUCAGUGAAACAGUGCAGUUUGGGGUGGAGGGGAGUAGCACGUUCCUGGAGUGCCAACCCAGAUCUCCACAAGCGACAGUCAAAUGGCUCUACCAGAAACCAGACGGCAGGAGGAAAGUGCUGAGCAGAGACAGAGAGGUGCUGAAGACUGGUCACGGCAUCCUGCUCAAGUCUCUGAGCCACGCCGACGGGGGGCUGUACAACUGCCUGGCCACCGAGAACAACUUCAAGCACACGGUGGCCCGCGUGGCCCUCCGCAUCCUGGACCGGGAGAUUGUAGAGGCCCUCACCUCCCCGGACGGCCCCCCGGAGGACCAGAACCCGCAUCACCACUGCCACCCCCACCACCACCCUCCGCCUCCAUCACCUCCGCCUCACAACCUGCCGCCGCAGUUCUCCUCCCAGCCGGAGAUCCGCCUCAUCAACCAGUACUGUCAGUCUUACUGGCAGAAGCUCAACCCUAACCUGGCCACCAAACGCACCAGCAGGAGGCACGCUGAUAGCCAGCCAGAGCCAGCCCCGGGGGCCCCUAGCACCUCCUAGACCCCGUCUCUCCCCCUCUAAUUCACUGGUGCCCGGGCCAGGCCCUGGAGGGCCACUGUGGCCCUCCACGCUGGUAACGGGCAGACUCACUCAUGUUGUUGUGAUGUUGUUGUUGUUGUUGUUGUUUAUCUCACUCCCAUUUAGGGUUAGUCUCCAUGAGCCCAAUCCUAACUUUAGAUCUGUGCACAUAGCUCUGUGGUUUCUUACAAAAUUGGAGUUACACGCACGGAGGGUUUGGUCAUACGAAUCUUUAGAUUAAUCUGCAAAUUAACUACCCUAUUCCGUCCAAGCUAGUAACCUGGUUAUUAACUAGUAACUAGUUAGUAACUAGUAACCUGAAUAGAAUCCCUGAUCCCAUAAGCCCAGGUAUUAUCAAUUGGACCACUACUUAUGUUAUAGUAUGUCACAUUGUAUUGUCUCACUCAGUGUAAGCAAUUUUAGAAACUGCAGAGGAUUUUGUUAGUGUAAACAAGAGUUGCCUAGCCACCACCAUGGUAGUUAGGCGAUAUAGAGACACUAUCAUAUGAAUCAUUGUAAAAUGUGUCACAUGUUGUAUGCCUGCCUCAACCUCACUUUUUACAAUCCAUUUGUUCCCAUGAAUCUAAUUGAUGAAGCAUGGGCAAUUUAAUAGUAUUACGUAUAUUGUGUUUCCGUUCUAAAUUUUGUUACAAUAUAAUCCUGCCAAUGUCAAAUCAGAAAGAAUACGGCUCAGUUUUGGGUCGAUCUUGAAUUGCGGUGCCAUUUGGCAAAAAUGCUUUUUAUUAUGUUAAAAAAAUCAACUAAUGUGGAAGCUUAAUGAUUAAUUUCUUUUAAUUACUUGUACCAUUAUGAUUACAUUGUGCCACCAGUAGGUGUUGUAACACCAAUGACUGUCACACCAAUGACACAUUUUAGGUAAUUGAGGAUUUUCUUAAAUGGAGGCCACAAAUGCUCAAAUCUAAGGUCAUUAAAAACUAUUUACUGCAGUGAUAAUUAAUAAUUUAGCUCACAAUGUAAUUUCCCUUAAUUUAAAUUGAGUAACACCAAUGACACUUUGCAUUUACACACACUAAAUGAUCAAUGGAAUCCUCAAAUUUGUGACAUACUAAAAGGGUGUGAUUAGCUAAUAACUUUCUUUAAUAUCCCCCGAUAACAGUUUGCCACUCUAAGUAUAUCUUUGUUAUGAGUGAUUUUCAAGGCGGUAAUACCAAUGACAUAAAAUUUAGGGACAUAUAAUAUUUGUAAAAAUAAAGUAUUUUAAUUUCUUGGUUUUAUUGAUCUAUUCCAGGGAUGGGCAACUGGCGGCUCCCUUUUGUAGGACCGUGGAUCAAUCUAAAAUGUUUUGCUCGCAAGGUGGUGGGGUGGGGGUACAACAUUUUACUUAGGGCCCACAAAAGGCUAGAGCCGGCUCUGACUGCAUGUGUGGGUACGAAGACCCACGAGCCACUGCGGCCCCUCAUGAUGAGUUCAGAUUUUUGGUGGCCCCCACCCCCAUCCAAGUUGCCCAUCCCUGAUCUAUAUAAUAUAUGAAAACUUGUUAACUUUCUAGCAUUCUUUCUAGCAUUCAAAAUAAUAGAUAGAUAUCCCUAAAACAUGUCACUACAACUCUACUCAUCACUACUGGGACAAGCCAAUUUGCUUUCCCUAAAUACUUUAAACAAUGCCUAAUAAUGUACAUUAUGUUUUGUCAUUUAUAAACAGUUCAAUAUAAACAAAAGCAUGUAUGAUGUGUAACUAUUUGUCAAUUUCAAUAGUUUUUCAUGGUGGCAAAGGCGAUGGACGUAAAUGCCACCGCAAUUCAAGAAUGACCCGUUUACAUGUUUUUCGUCUGCCAUUUCUUAAGAUUCUGAUAUAAUUUAUUUUAAAACAUGACAUGUCACAGAAAAAGUGGAUUAUCAGACACUCCUGCUUAAUUUGACCAAACGUAUUUGUUAGCAGGAAGAAACUGACCAAAUUAGUCUACUUCUUUUUAUUUGUUGGACUCCUGAGGGUUAUGCAAUUGGUUGUUUUUUAAAACCCAAUACUAUACUUACUGAAUACAAAACCAUUAGUGUCAGCUAAAAAGCUAUCCAAGUCUAAUGUUUGAGUAAAUUGCUCCAACCUUGUGCUUCUUUCUGCUCAGCACUUCAAUAGUGUGUUAGGCAGAGACAACAUUUUGGACCAAAUGCUGUUCCAUUCUCCAGCCAAGACUAUAGAGGGAUUAAAAAAGGAACAUGUAAAUAGAGAAAGUUUGGUUUGGAAUGAUUUCUUCAGAAAAAAGAGAUUCAUUAGCUGUUGAUAAUUGCAGUGAGAAAAGAAAAUGGAGACAGUUAGUAUAGGGGAUUGCUAUUGUGUUGCUUCGAAAUGACAAUACAUAUUCUCUCUUCUUUUGGAGCUACAUUACUUUUACAACAGCUUGACAUCUGAUGAGAAACUGAUCCAACAGAAACUGGGCUGGAAGGCUCUUUAAAAUGUGGCUAUGUGACAUGGCCACACUAUUUUUCUUGUCCUCUAGAGGUGAGACAUUAGUAUACUCACUAGCACUCACCUGGCUCUAUCAUGUACUUUUGUUGGAUACCACACGUAUACAGUGCAUUCAUAUGGUAUGAAUACAUGUAAAGGACUUUUAGAUCUCACAGAUCUAUGUCAGGUUUGGACUUUUCAUGAAUCCACUGCUCUCUCUCUCACCCACGCCAUGAAACAUAUUUAUUUUGAGACUGUACAUAUUCCUGUAAGUUCUGCACUUUGGUGGUGGGGAUGUGAGGGCUGGGAUGGGGGAGGGGAUAUUAUUAUUAUAAUGUAUUGUUGAUUGACAGGACCAGUAUUCACAGAAAGAGGCUUUGAGGAAAAAGAGGUAGACCUUUUUGGAAAUUAAAAAUAUUAAUAUUUCAAUGAAUAAAUAAAUGAUUAUGGAUAGGAAGCCAUAAUACUGUCGUACAGCAACGUGCUGACAGAUUACUGAACUCUGAAGCCAAAGAAUCCUCUAUUUGAAUGAAAACCUGUUCUAUUUAAAGGUCCAAAGGAGCCAUUUUUAUCUCAAUAUCAAAUCAUUUCUGGGUAACAAUUAAGUACCUUACUGUGAUUGUUUUCAAUUA